GUGAAAAAACAUACUCCAUAAGCGAAACGAGGGAGAGAAGAGGAAGAAGCUAGAAAGAGGCUGGAAGAGACACGAGACCCGGGGAUAAAAUAAGAGAAAGAAAAAAAAGCCACGAGGGAAAAAAAUCGGUACCUGAAUCUCGUGGGUGCAUCGACUGGAGGUCGAGGGAAUAUUUUCAUGAUACCUGGGGAUCACAGACAGCAAAGGGACAAAGGGCUCAGGAUGGAGGCGAUGGCUGAUGGGUACAGAAAAAUGUCAGACUCAUAUGAGGACGAGGAGGAGAGAAAACACUUUCAGCGAAUUGUGUCGGCGUUUAAAUAUUACAAACCACACUCGCUGCAAAGAGUGAAAAAGACUGAGAGCUAUCUCCUGUCCCUGCCUCCACAUCACCAAAAAUUAUUAACAAAAUACAGGGAACAUCUGCAGGAGGUGAAGCUGUGCAUCGAGAACAAUGACGAUAUUAUAAAACUCAUCAUAAAAGACGUAUCCCACAUAUUCGAGAAUGUCAAUCCAUCGAAUACUCAUACCGACAGUGUAAGACAAAUUUCAAUGACACUCAAUCCACGACCGGUGUUGGCUGAUCAGGAGAAAGUACAAGCGACCAUUAAACAAUUGGUGAGGGAUUGGAGUAGUGAGGGAAAGGAUGAACGAGAUACCUGCUAUCAGCCUAUUAUUGAUGAAAUUAUUGCACAAUUUCCAGCUGAAUUCUGGAAUGCAGCUGAUGUUCAGGUACUGGUACCUGGUGCAGGUCUGGGAAGACUGGCAUACGAAAUAGCGAAACGUGGUUACACCUGUCAGGGAAAUGAAUUUUCUCUGUUCAUGCUGUUUGCCUCGCACUUCGUCUUGAAUAAGUGCAGGGGAAUUAAUUCGUAUCAGGUGCACCCCUGGGUUCACCAGUACAUGAAUAAUCUUCUCGCUGGACAUCAGACCCAGGCAGUUUCAUUUCCAGACGUCAAUCCCAGUGAUUUACCUGAAAACGCCCAAUUUUCCAUGACUGCAGGGGAUUUUCUGGAGGUGUACACUGAAAGCAAUCAUUGGGAUUGUGUGGCCACUUGCUUUUUUAUUGAUUGUGCCAACAAUGUCGUCCAGUUUAUUGAAACAAUCCACAAUAUUUUGAAGCCUGGGGGCAUUUGGAUUAACCUGGGGCCACUCCUUUAUCACUUCAGUGAUAUGCCAAUGGAGGACUCGAUAGAACCUAGUUACGAGGUUGUCAGAGAUGUUAUUCUCGGGUUUGGAUUUCAAAUCGAGAAAGAGCAAACCCGUAUGAAAACUCGGUACGCCCAAAACACAAACAGUAUGUUGCAGUGUGAGUACCAGAGUGUCUACUUCGUAUGUAGAAAAUCGAAAAAAGAAUUGACAUACGUCAAUGGAACGGAGUCAGGAAAUUGAGACAUCAUUUUUACUUUUCCAUCGAAAAGUUUUUUAAUAACCUAAAUAAAAUUGUACAAAAUAUUCUCGUGAAAUCCGAUGAUAUUUUAACUAGCACAAAUCACAAGAAUGACCAAAAAAACGUGGAUAUCACUGGACAAAUAAGAGAGUAAUCACUUUUUGUUGACGAAUUGACUAUAUGGUAUAUCAGUAGUGCCUUUGUGUAAUUUUUUGUUUCUCUCAAUUUCAGAGGGAAAUGAGAAUUGAAAUUUAUUCAUAUCCAUAUCACUAUGGAAUAUCGUUGUUGCAAUGUGAGAGCCAGAUUAAUAUUUUUAGGAGAAGAUAGACAUUUCGUAUUUGAGAAAGAAUUGAUGCAUGCUAUAUCUACUUGCGUUUUCUACGAAUUAUUGUAUAUAUUCACUCCAACAGAUCAGCAUAUCGCAUAAUUUUUCUUAAUUAAAUGAAAUUAAAGAGACUUUGACGUUGACUA